AUGAGAAAAGACACGACCGAUGUAUCUCUGGGAUUCAGCAGCAUCAUCGAGUCACUCUGGCUAUCGUUGAAAUCAUCGACAACACGCCAUCAAUCGCUAGAGUCAAAGGAGAAAGAGAUAGCCGAUUUCUUUGAAAUCAUACACGGUUACCUCGCUAGUUUGGAACUCAAGCUAAAGCGACCGAUCAUCGCCGAUAAGGAAGCGAUCGAAAAGAAAAUCAAUAUUGACAUUGCCGAGUUGCGCUACCUUGUGAAUAAAGCCAACGUAAUAUGUAGUGCCGAAGAGAUUAUCGAUGAGGAAUCAUCGGCGGCGUCAACGGAGCCAACUUCUCAAUUUGCACUUUCGCGAAUCAUUGAAUCCAUCGGAGCCAGUUCAACACUACAAUCGUUUGUCAACGACAAUAGAAAUAACAUAUUCAGUCCAGACAUAAAUAAUAAUAAUAAUCCAGAUUCAACUCCAAUGUUGGAUAUCAUUCAAAAAUAUAUUGGCAUACUUCAGCACAACACGCCAACAUUCAAUAAUAAUAAAAACUUGUGGGAAGACUAUCUAGUUACAGCUAAUCAUUUAGAUUACUCACAACUGGAAUCGAUCAUCUCGAAAUCAAUUAAAGUGACUACCAAGAACACUCGAUAUAUUCUAUCUACACACUCUAAAGGAGCAACGCUUCACAACACAUCGGAAAACACAAUUGAAGAGCUGAAAUUAAGUCGUCAAUUCAGUGAUACCUUCCAAUCGAUGGUCCCAAUCGGCGAAUACAUCUAUGUAUUCGGUGGUUAUGCAAAUCAGAACAAAUGGUGUAGAGUAUCGGUUGGCUCGAAAUCGAUUGAUCUCAACGGCGCUAUGAAUGGAAUUGAGGGCGACAGCAGUAUUUCCGUGGCGUACGACGGUCACGAUCACAUCUACCUGGUGAGUGGUGCAUGGAACAAUCGAAUCGAUCGAUUCAACAUCAACACAAAGGCGUUCGAGAAGAUUGUAUCAUUUCCGGGCGUCUCUGAGAAACUGAUGAUGGUAUCGACCAUGAUCUACCGUGGCAAACUCUACUCUAUCUCCAGAGGUAAACCAUGGAUGUAUGAAUUUGAUUUGACCAGUUUCAACGGUUUGAAUAAUAAUGAACCGAAACAAAAUCAACCUCAUAAAACAAACAUCGUCGCAUUCACUGCUUGCCAUGAUAGCAAUGGAAAUUUCUACAUUCACACGGUAGAUCAAUUCAUCAAACUAAACGUAGAAACCAAACAACAAACCAGAUUAACUCCGUUGCAUACAAACGCUUUUUUGGUUUAUCAUAGAGCGUCAUCCACCUCCAGCUAUAUCUAUUCGUUUGGUGGCGAAAAAGGCAAUUUCAGAUACCCAAUUGAUCAAGAUCAAACAAAACAACCUAAAUGGGAACAAUUCUUUCAAGACGACAGAAAAGAUAGAAGCUGGUGUGGAUCUGCCUCUGUUUCUAUCGGAAAUAAAUAG